GAUAAACAGUUACAGUCUUAUUACAUACAAAAUAUUUUAUUUUUUGAUACAUUUAACUUAAUACAUACUGCCGGUAUGAAAAUCUACAGUUCGCGUUACAUGUACUAUAGAUUUCAUACCAACAGCACGACGCCAAAUGUUUCGCUUUUCGCAGUUGGUUAAUCUGACCCCCACAAGCCCCAAAACGACAGAGAGCGCAACAUUUUUAGAAAGAGACGCUUGCAAACUGCACACACCAUGUUAUACUUCCACCAUGGUCGAUGUCCGUCGUCUGGGGCAGUUCGCGCAGGUUCGCGAUAUGGAACGGCGCCGCGUCGCGGAACGUCGGUGAUCGUUAGGCGUCGCGGAAUCGACGACGACGACGACGCGCCAGCUCGCCCGCCGCGGACAUGGCGGAUGUGGCCGCCGUGCAUUAAAAACGGCCAGACACCCUCGAGACGCGCCCGCGUAAACCGCUGCUCCUCGCGAAUCGUCGCCCCGCGCCGCUCUCGCCGUCCGGUCCGGUCGUCGUCCUGUCCUCGUCUCGCGCGCGUGCCGCGCGACGAGACGCGUGAACAACCGUAAACUGCCGAGGGCGCCGCAGAGCGGAAUCGUGCCAAGUCGUGUGCGGCUCGCCCCCGUUCCCGAAGAGAGAGAGAUGCCCGCGCGCACAUGGUAACAUCGUCUUCCGGGUUACUGCAAUGAAGUAUAUUAAAUGCAUAUGAAUGACAAUGGGCUGAAACACUUAAAUGAUUAGCAUUUAUAUAUAAAUAUCACUACUUAUUGUCAGCCAAAGUUUGUGCCAGACAUGGCAGCGAUCGAAGAGAAAAAGCGAGUGGGUGGCUCCAAGGUGUCAGCCAUCGCGAACAUCUUCCAAUCCAAGCCACAACUGGACAAUCUGAGUCACAGAACGAAUAAUAUUCUCUCGGAUGGAUUUAAGGAGCCAGCUGUUCCACUGAAGGAGUCUCCGACGCAAGUAACAGUGGUCAGAACUGAGAGCCAUGUGGCACGUUUCAACAAUGCGCGAGCCCUCUUCGAGAAACUUGGCGAGGAAAACAAAUCGAACAGACCGGUGGAACGGGUUACAAAACCGAAUAAUCUGCACGGUCUCCGGUCUCGCUCCAGUUCCGCGAACUCAGGCUCCGGGUGCACCUCGCCCACGAGAUCGCCCCGUCCUCACUCACCCUCUCCCCCGGGCAGCCGCGAACACCUGAGCACGUGGAGCGCCAGCGUACCGGCCCUGAACGCGGAGCGGCACUUCGAGAACGGCCACUGCGCGCCGGAGCGACGUCCCGGCGCGGGCUUGAGUAAGGCCGAACGCACGGGCAAGGAGAACGAUCGUCCGGAGCGGCCGGAAAAGCCGGAACGCCGGCCGAAUCCGAAGGAGCUAAUCGAGAAGCAACGGAAUUGGACUAGCCACUUCUCCAAGGCUCGACCGAACCGCUACAAUUCCGAUCCGAAUCGCUCGCUAGUCCAAACUUCCCUGAACUCCCAGAAUGUCCAGAGUCAAGCGCAGCAGCAGCAGCAGCAGCAGCAGUCGUCGUCGUUCGUUGACACAUGCCAGAGUUCGAUGGGCGCGGCAGCAGGCGACUCCGCCAGCCCGGCUAUCAGAUCGGCGAGCUUCUGCUCGGCACGCUCGCCGCCGCCACCGCCCCCGCCUGUCAGGAACUCGUCCUCCGCGGCCAGUAGGAGGGAACGACCGGCGAGUAUCGCUUCCGUCGGCUCGUCCGAACUGCUGGAGAGCCCGGAGUACGCGACGGUGGAGAGGUUCGACGACAUCUCGCCGACGAUUCCGGAGUAUGCCGUCGUGCAGAAGAAGAAACCUCAGAGCGGUUCGAAAGACAGCAAAAUCAGUGGCGCUGACAAGACUCAGGACGCCUCGUUGCCAGAGUACGCUGUUGUGCAGAAAAACACUUCGAAAGCGGCUUUGAGGUCGGCGGAGAACUCCAAGGAGGCUUCCAAGGCGCAGAAUUUGAAGUGCGCGGCAAUCCCGCCAGAGGCAGUUACGGGAAACAAAAUCGUGACUUCGAGGUCGACGGAGGCCGCCAAGGACAUCUCUAAAUCCACCGUGCAGAAUUUGACGAGCUCCGCGUCCGCGGAGCCAAUUUCAGGAAGCAGAGCAGUAGUUUCAAAAUCAGUGGACGACCCUAAGGAGGCUCCCAAGGCCACUGCGCAGACUGUGAAAGGUCCACCAGUUGCGGAAGUGUGCAAAGACGCAGCUUUGAGGCCAACGGAAAAUCUGAAAGAGACCUUGAAAAAUUCUACGUCCACGGAAGAGGCGCCAACAUUUAAGGCUAUAGUUUCUAGACCAGUGGAGUCUUCAAAGGAGGAUGCCACGGAGGCUACGGAGGGAUCGAAGGAGGCCACAAAGGCACACUCAGCGGUCCCGGAAUCCAAAACUGCCAUUGCGAAUGAGCAUAGCGACUUUACCGAGCAGACGAAGGCGUCGCCUGUACUGCACUACGAGGUUUCUAGUCCCACUCGAAGUGCCUCGAUGGACAAUAUCCUCACGAGGAGGGAGAGCGACCUGCUGGAGGCGCCGGAAUACUUCAACUGUCCCCCGAGCCCGAUUCACUCGCCGGCGAAGACGUCCGAGUGGAGGAACGAGUGGCUGGCGAAAAACGACGAGAUCCUGAAGAGGACUGUGGAUCCGAAGACCUCGCCGAGGGAGGCCCUUGAGUCCGAGCUGCGUGGCGAUGCGGUCAGAACGGAUCCAAGACCCGAUUGGGCGAGACCGAACGCGAACGCGAAGAGAAAAGAGACCGCGGCGGACGACAAGAGGAUCGACCUGACACGAUCACCGGAAUCCGAGCUCGGUCUACCCUCCGCUGGCACCGACAGUGCCUCGUCCAGCAUGAGUUCACCUAGUUCGCCAUCCAAAGACAGCAAGGAGGAAAAAGCGGAGAAGGAGAUGUCGGAGAAACAUCAGACAGGUCGCAACAGCUAUGACUUGGAAGCGGAGGAUCAGGAGAAGCCGGCCACGUAUCAGAGCUGCGUCUCAGGGACGGAGAGCAUCUCCGAGAAAGAUCAGUUCAAGUUCAAUGAGACGGACACUACCACGGUCAUACGGCGUUCUCACGUGCGCCUUGAUCUUCAGGCUGCCGGCCUGGGUCCGCGUCCGCCGUCUGUCAUCAGUUCCGACCAGGAGUAUCCGCCGCUGGAGCACAAAGAGAUCCCUGUGCCCUCUCCGUACGCGAAGAAGUUGCAGCAGAACGAAGAAAUUGUUACGCAGAGUAACACCGAAUGCAAAACUCAACAAUCAAACACGGAGGUGAAGAGCCACGGCGGCUCUACGGAAGCGAUGAAAAUCAAUACCGCGUCUACGGAGGACAUGCUGGAGGCGAAAGUGAAGUCCGGCGGCGACGGGGUGUGCCAGAAGACGGUCUCGAAUGCGAAGAACGAUCAAAUCAAAAUCAGCGUAAGAGAGAAGAUCGCGAAGAACAGGGAGGAGGUCUCGGGCAAGCGGUCCAGCUUCGUCGAGACGGAGGGAGGCAAGGAUAGCGUGGACAAGGCGGCCAUUCGCAGCCAGGAGAUGAACAGCUGUUUCGGGCUCAUCACGAAGGAGAGCAAGGACGAGGAGAAGUACGUGGCGGAGGUGGCGAAAUCCGAGGUGAGCAGCAGCAGGAAGGAGUGCAUCGCGGCGGUGAACAGUGUCCUGAGCAGGAAGCUGGAGAAGGAGAUGGAGCAGCCGCAGACGACGUGGGAGCAGGAGAAGCAGAAGGCCGAGCUGGCGAAGCUCCGGUUAUCGGAGAACAACAAUCAGGGGGCCCCGCUGUCGCCCAGUGUGCUCUCGCAAAGACAUUCCGGCAAGAAGUCCAACGACCAGUCCACGUCGGAGAGCAGCCAGUUCGACGACAGUGACUCGAGUGACACGAAGACCAUUAAAAAUGUGGAAUGUGCGCAGAGAGAGAUGCAGGACAAUUCCGCCGGGGUUGCGGAGGGGGCAGCUUCGAAGAACAAUCAUAUCACGCCCGUGACGCCGGAUACCAUGACUCCAGACGAGGCCGAAAAUCUACUGAGCUCUCGCAUCUUAGAAAAGAAGAUUAGACAAGGUUCGGCGUUGCUAUCGGACGAGGAAGCGCAGGAGAUAGCGAGGCUGCUGUCUCCCACCGGUGCCAAUGACGCAAUAAUAGGUGACGGGAUUUCUAAUGACAAGGAUAAGGAAGGACAGGACAGGGAUCGGGAGGACCAGGACAACACGCCCGACUGGCUGUCCGAUGUCCUGUCUGCUCCUGAUUCCAGUCUUAUCAAUAGUGCCACUCAUGAUUAUAGUUUGUCUCAUAGAUCUCGCAGUGACCUGACGAUAGACUCGUUGACGGAAAGCCAGAUAGGAUCGGUCACAGGAAGUGAGAGCGGACUACUGGGCUCUGUCAGCAGCUUAAACGACACUCAUGAAACUAAUGAUGACACCGAGACCGAGCAACAGGACGACUAUAUUCCAACUCCAGGAAAAAUUGUGUUCGUGGAGAAUGGCGUGCACUAUUUCGAAGACGGUCACUUUUGGAUGGAAGUGGCGGGAAUCCCAGAGUCCGACGAAGACGACGAAGACUAUCCGUCCACCGUGCCCGUCAAGAAAACUUCCAAAGUGUCCUUCGACACCGGCCCCAUGCGUGUCUAUUCCACGCAUUCUGUCAAUGAAUACGAUCGUCGCAAUGAGGACGUCGAUCCUGUGGCGGCCAGUGCGGAGUACGAGCUGGAAAAACGCGUCGAAAAAAUGGAGGUAUUCCCUGUCGAGCUGAUGAAGGGUCCGGAAGGCCUGGGCCUCAGCAUAAUCGGUAUGGGCGUGGGCGCGGACGCCGGUCUGGAGAAGUUGGGCAUUUUUGUGAAAACUAUCACGGAGAAAGGCGCGGCCGCGCGCGAGGGUCGGAUCCAGGUGAAUGACCAGAUCGUCGAGGUCGACGGCAAGAGUCUGGUCGGCGUGACGCAGGCUUACGCCGCUAGCGUGCUGAGGAACACUUCCGGUCUCGUGCGAUUUGUCAUCGGCAGGGAGAGGGACCCCAAGAACUCGGAAGUGGCGAUGCUGAUUAGGCAGAGUCUCCAGGCGGACAAGGAGAGGGAACUGGCAAACGCUGCCAAUAGGAAGCUCAACUUCUCCGACGCUUCGCCUGACGGCCAGCGAGGAAGCGAGGACAUCUCCGUCGGCAGCGGGAUAAGCGGGAUCCCCGGCUCGCCGGCGAUGUCCUCCUGCUCGGAGGGCGAACCGACGCACAGUCCCAUCGAGAACUACAUGUCGCCUUCUAGUCGCAGCCGAUCUCCGAUACUCGGCUCGUCCAUGCAGCACAACAUCACCACGCAGAGCGACGUGGACAGUCUGAGAUUGCUCUUGCAAGAGAGUCAGUAUAAACUCUCAUUAGCGGACGAGGAGGUGGAAAAGCUCAAGGCGAAGUUGGUAGAAUUGGAGAACAGCGGAGCGGGUAGCGAGGAAUAUGCAGCCAAAUUGCGGGAAUCGGGAUUACGGCUUCACGAAUCGGAGAGAGCACUGGGCACCGCCCGCCAGGACCUGUCGACGGCCAGGGAGAUGCUGUCGCAGGCUGCGGCGCAGAACGCACAUCUAGAGCAGAAGUACAACAAGGCGAAGAAGGUCGCCAGGGAGCUACGUGCGGACAUUACGUCCAGGGACGAGUUCUAUCAGCAGUUGUUGCAGGAAAAGGAUACCGAGUACAAUGCGUUGGUGAAAAGUCUCAAGGAUAGAGUGAUCACGUUAGAGGUGGAGCUGACGGAGACCCAGAGGCGAUUCGGUCUACCGGUACGGUUACCGUACGACAACGCCACAAGGAUAGUAACGCCGCAGCUCUCCCGCAGACUGCCACCGCCGCCUUCGUCGACCAGCUGCCAGCUUUCCGACACGGAGACCUCCGACCUUAGCAGCCCGGACGACGGUGACAAGACUGCGACCGUCGAGAGGAAACUGCCUCUGCCGCUACCGGUGAAGGAGGAAUUGGAUCGCGCUGUACCAGCCCACCGUCUGCUGGACAAUUCUGCUGGCAAGAGCAAGGCGGAGCUGGCCAGCAGGGGUGGCUUGGCCAAUCGUCAGUUGCCCAGACGAUCCGGCGGCCUCAGCAACAGCAGUUCUGAUUACGGAUUGGACGAGUCGGGCGACAACACGGACGACGAUUCAUCCUCAAAAAUGACUUCGCAAGACAGCAGCAGGUCACCCAAUGACUUGACCUCUAAACAGUCCAACCUGAGUUCCUAUUCCAGCACUUCAUCCAUCAGUUCGCUUAAAGGAAAAUCGCACAUGGAUCCUAUACAUCCCACCGCGAUCCGGCAGCACAGCACCAUUAGCUCGCAAGUUAGGGCGAUGACUGAGCAAAGUUGGUCCCAAUCGCAGAAGAGUACGUCUUUGACUGGACCUCCCUCGUCAUUGGCAGAACAGCUGAAGCAGGUCCUGGCCGAGCGGGAGAAGCGGCUUGGCGGAAACGACUCCUCGAGGGAGAGUUCUGGAGAUUUCAGUGAUCUCAACAGUCCUCACAAUAACGAUCCAACUAUGGUUACGCAUCAUCUCGUGGAGGAGAUACGGCAGGCUGUUAACGAGGCUAAUCAAAGAGUGAAAAAAGUGUCGAUUCCUCCGUCGAAUUUGAUCGGCAGUGGAGGUGCCCCGUGGCAUCAUCCGGGAAGUUCUCCUUCAAGUUUGUCCUCCGGCGGUUCUAUUAGUCCUCCCGGCGUUGAUCCUAGUCCUCUAAAAGAUUCGAGCACAGUUUGGUUGCCCGCUCACCUAAGCGACUUUGGUUUAGGUGACAAGAAGUCCCACUUCUGGCAGAAUGCGCCAAUCGCAGAUUGGUCCAAGGAACAAGUGUGCCAAUGGCUGACGGGAAUCGGUUUAGAACACUAUUCGGCCCAAUUUUUGGAUAACGGCAUCAACGGGAGUAACCUGCUGCGCCUGGAAUCGAGAGAGCUGAAGGCCUUAGGGGUUUACGGCGAUGCUAAGGCCCAUCUGAAGCGCAAACUGAAGGAGUUGAGGGCGCAGGCCGAUCGCGAGCGCAAGGAACGUAAGGAAAUCGAGCGAAUGCGACGGAAAGCGGAGAAGGCUGCGCGGAAAAAGUAGCUCGCGAGUAAAUUAAACGCGUUCGGUAUCAGUUAGACACCCGGUAGUUUAAAAUGCGGAUUUUUUGGGCGUGAAGUGUACAGGGUAUCUCGAAAGAGGUAUGGAGGAAAUUAAUGAUGGGGAUCUUAUUGGACUUUAUCGGGAGGUCGUCGAGGGAUAUUUUAGUCGCGAGAAAUUGGAAGGGAGAUUCGAAAGAAGUUUGCCAAA